UAAUUUAAAAUAAAAAUUCUUUUAUCCUUUUUCUUAAUUAUAACGAAAGAAAAUACGACUGGAUAAGCAUACGUGUCAUAUCUGCGGCUUCCUAUUGGCACAAUCCGAAUCUUUAGAAUAUGCUUCAUCAAUGGAGGGUUUUCUCGCGGAGCCGGUUCGUUGUUGGCUAUGGCAGCAGCGGCAAUGGCAUUCUCCUCCUCCUUCCUGCGACUUCCCAAGAUUUACGCUCCACAGCAGGUACCGCAAUCGCCUCCUUCAGCUAGAAAUCUCUCAGGGGUAGCAAGAUCAAGCGUGGAGCAUUCCAAUCCCAUUAGAAUGAUCCAGGAAGAAAAGUUGGAGAGCCCACCGUCGCUCUCGCGGAGGCAAGCGGUGUUGGCUUCCACCACCGGCAUUGUGUUGGCGGGGAUGAUGGAGCUCCAUCCCUGCGCGGCAUUGGCAGACUUCAUCGAGGAUUACAAAUCGGACACCGAGGCCGUGAUUGCCAAGGUGAAGGAGACGCUGGCGCUGGAGAAGACCGAUCCGGCAAAGCCCAACGCGGUGGCGAGCCUCCGGCAGAGCUCAAACUCUUGGGUCGCCAAGUACCGGAGAGAGAAGAGCGUCGCCGGGAAGCCCUCCUUCAGCAACAUGUACUCGGUGCUCAACGCCAUCUCCGGGCACUACAUUAGCUUCGGGCCCUCGAGCACCAUCCCGGCCAAGCGCCAGCAAAGAAUCCUCGAGGAAGUGAAAGACGCCGAGAAGGCGUUGAGUAGGGGACGAUAGAACAAGGCUUUGACCAAUAAUCAAAAUCUGGCAUAUUCACUGAACGAUGCCAAGAAAUUAUGGACUAA